ACAAUAUUGUUGUAAAACAUCAUUUUUUAUUUGAUACUUCUUGUUUGUGUUUUAAAGUAAAAAUUCACGCUUCAUGUUACACAGCUAAAUCUCUGAAUACUUCAUUGGCGUAUUUUAAGUUCAUAAAACUGUGCUAUUCAUUAGUAUUUCGUUUACAAUCUAGGUUAGGUAUUUUGUUGUACAAUUAUUUCUGUUUUUGUUAUUAUGACGAAUGAGUUAACUUUUAAUUAAAGUUGAUUAUUAUUUUAUCAUAUCUUUUGCAACACUUUAUUUUUAUCCGAGAUUUAUGUCUCUUCUGUUCUCAGAAUCAUAAUAAAUCUUGUUAUUAUGCAGAAUCAAGAGCAUUUACUCCAAGAGAUUGAAGGCAUUGAUGAUUAUUGGGGUCCAACAUUUCGGGCCAUAUAUGAUCAUGAUGAUGAUAGCCACAAGUUUAUUGAAACUUUGGACAAUCGUAUCAAACAGUAUGAUAAAGAUAUUGAACGAAUGUGCAAUUUUUAUUAUCAAGGUUUUAUAGACUCUAUUAGAGAACUACAGCAAGUUGAAAAUCAAGCAUCUAAAUUAAAAAAAAAAGUUAUUGAGUUAGAUGUCAAUAUUCAAAAUAUUACUGCUGAUGUGGUAACUGCAGGUGAAGAACUUGUAAAAGCUAGACAAGUUGAAAACAAUAUUAAAAUGGCCAUUGAUAGCUUAUCAUUAUGUUUACCUGCACUUUCUUCUUAUAGUAAAUUACAAAAACAAAUGGCUGAUAAACGUUAUUACCCUGCUUUAAAAACUUUAGAACAAUUAGAGCAAUUAUAUUUGCCUCAAGUUUCUCAUUAUAAAUUUUUUAGACAGAUGAUAGAUAGAAUACCAAAGCUUAGAGAAAAUAUUAGAGAGUCAUCAAUGUCUGAUUUGAAUAGUUUUUUAGAAACUAUUAGGAAAUUUUCAUCAAAAGUUGGAGAAGCUGCCAUGAAACAUAGUAUAGAACAACAAAACUAUGAUUUUGGUUUGAAUAAAAUAAAAAAAAAACCAUAUAUGGAUAAUUCAAAUGAAGAUAAUAUUUCUGAUGAUGAAGAUUUGUUGAGUGCACAAGAUCUCAUUGAUUUUUCUCCUGUUUACCGAUGUAUACAUAUAUGUACUGUAUUAUCAUCUAGAGAUAUAUUUGAUGCUUAUUAUCGUCAACAAAGAAGAGAACAAGCCCUUUUAACUCUUCAUCCUCCUAAUAAUAUGCAUGAAUCAAUUGCAAGUUACUGUAUUUAUUUACAAAGUAUAGUAGGAUUUUUUGUAGUUGAAGAUCAUGUACUAAAUACUGGUAAUGGAUUAUUAACUAGAUCUUACUUAGAAGAUCUAUGGAAAAUGGCAUCUGAUAGAGUAGUAAGCAUUAUAAGAACAAAUACAGCUUAUUGUACAGAUGCUAAUUUACUUUUAAAAAUAAAAGAUCUUAUUAUGGUAUUUUGUAUUACUCUUAGAAGUUAUGGAUAUUCUGUUAGAAGUUAUUUUGAUUUAUUACAUGAAAUUCAAGAGCAUUAUAAUGAGAUUCUAAUGCAGAAAUGGGUUCAAGUUUUUAGAGAUAUUUUAUAUAGAGAAACUUUUAUCCAUCUUCAAGUUGAAAACCAAGAAGAAUAUGAUAAUGUAAUUAAGACAUUUCCAUAUCAAGAUGAACAGUUGGAAAAUUUACAAUUUCCUCGAAAAUUUCCAUUUUCUUCAAUGGUUCCUAGUGUAUAUGAUCAAGUAAAACAGUUUAUAAAUGCUUGUUUAAAAUUUUCAAAUGAUUUAAAUUUUAGCGAAGGAGAAGUUGAUGAAAUGGUUCAGAAGUCUACAAAAUUACUACUUUCUAGAACUUUUAGUGGUUGUUUGUCAUCAGCCUUUCACCAACCUAGACUUGGCUUAUUACAAGUCAUUCAAAUAAUUGUUGAUAUGGGAUACUUAGAAAAAUCUUCUACAUCUAUUCAGAAAUUUGUGUCUGAGGCUACAGGGUCUUCUGGAGGAACUGUUGGUGAUGAUGCUGGAAUAUCAUUAGGUGUAGCUAAAAGUGAUGCUGAACAUCAUAUGUAUGAAAAAAUGAAAUUAAAACUAAAUGAAUUUUUAGAUUUAGAAGACUAUGACUGGAUGUUAGUUGAACCAACUGGUCAAGCUUCAUCAUUUGUUACAGAUUUAAUCAAUUUUUUACGUGUAGUUUUUAAUGCUUUAAGGAGUCUUACUGAAGAAGUAUCUGUUCAUGUUUGUCAAGUGGCAUUUGAACAUAUUUCAAAAUCUAUUUUAAAUUUAUUACUGAGUGAUGAUAUAAAGCAAUUAUCAAUGGGUGCUUUGAAUCAAUUAAAUCUUGAUGUUAUUCAGUGUGAAUUAUUUGCUGCAUCAGAGCCUGUUGGAAAAGGUGAAGAUCCAGAUUUUUCUCAAUAUUUUGCUCCUUUGAGACAACUUUUGGACUUAUUGCUUAGUUGGGACUGGUCAACAUAUUUUCAUGAUUACGAUCAAGAAACAUCAAAAUAUGCUUAUGUAAAACCAACUACAGCUGUCAUUGUUUUAGAAAAAUUAAAGGAAGCAGAUAAGAAGAGUGUGUUUUCAGUUUUAAAAAAAAGUGAAAGAGAUAAAAAAAAACUGCUUGAUACAGUAUUAAAGCAAUUAAAACAGUUAGCAAUUACUGUUCAACAAUAGUUAGAUUCAAAAUAUACAAAUUUCUCUCACGCAAUAUAAUUUUUUUUUCUAAAUAUUACUUAAUGUAUACAAGAUGUGCACUUUAUGUUUAUUUUUAUCUUAAUAACAUAGUAUAUAUUGUAGUAUAUAAAUACUAUGUAUAAACAUUUUUUUUUAUAUUUAUAGUAUAAUACAAUAUUGCAUUAUACAGAGUGUUCAAAAAGUAAGGCAACAGAUCAAUUAUUACAAUUAAUGAGAACAAUAGAAACUUGUUUCCUUACUUACUGAACACUAAAUAUUUAUUUGUUUAUGAUUAUUAAUUGAUAUUAAAUAAUUAUAAUAAAAAUUAUUAUUAAUUACAUUUAGAAAAUUUUAGUUUUAUUUUUUAUUGAAUCGAGAGUUUUCUAUGACGAUUUAACUAAAAAAAUUUUAUUUUGAGUUUUACAUGUAUGUAAACUAUACGAUUUCAAUAAAAUAAUUAUAUUUGAAUGUUAGUUUGGUAUUUAUUAUAAUUAUUUUCGUUAGCCAUUCUUUAAAGUUAAUUAUAGCUGUGGGUUUUAACAUAACUUGAUAAAUAUUUUAAAUUUUAAUGAAUUAUUUUUUCUAUUAUUUAUUCUACUUAAUUAAGUUAAAAUCAUAGUACUUAUAUUUUGUAGAACUUUUUUCCACAUUAUAAUUUUG